GGGGAACACUCUCAAGUGCAGCAAUGGCCGCUUCUUCCGAUUACCAUUCAUCCGUAACCUGACAAAAGCCCAAUAUGUCGUACAGCAGAGUUGGAGUUGUUACCGGCGCAAACAAGGGCAUCGGCCUUGCAAUCGUCCGCCAACUAGCCCUUCAAUAUCCAAAGUCACCUCUCAACAAUGGGCCUCUCCUCAUCUACCUCACAGCCCGUGACAAGAGCAGAGGAGAAGCCGCGCUUAAGCAGCUCCAGGAGGAUUCGCAGCUAAAGCAAGCCAAAGCGCUGAAAGCCGACGGCGGCCUUGCCGAGAUCAGAUAUCAUCAUCUCGACAUCACAGACGAGUUCAGCAUCAAGGAUCUCGCCCAGCACCUGAAGGAGUCGCACGCUGAGGGCCUCGACUUUGUCAUUAACAAUGCCGGCAUCGCGCUGAACGGCUUCGAUGCGAAUAUCGUCAAGGAGACCCUCCACACAAACUACUACAACACCCUCCUCGCAUCGCGCACCUUCCUUCCCCUUCUUAAGCCCACAGGCCGCCUCGUGAACCUCGCCUCCUCCGCCGGCGCGCUAUCCAAGUACUCCGAUGCCGUGCGCACGCGCUUCCUCGAGGCCAAGACCGAAGCCGACGUCACGGCCAUCAUGCGCGACUUCGCGGCGGCCGUGGAGCAGGGGCGCGAGAAGGACGCUGGGUUCCCGAGCGCCGCGUAUGCGGUCAGCAAGGCGGGCUGUAUUGCGGGUACCAAGGCGCUGGCGAGGCAGGAGGGCGAGAGGCUGGUCGUGGCGUGCUGUCCUGGAUAUGUGAAUACGGAUAUGAGUAAGGGGAAUGGGACGAAGACGCCGGACGAGGGCGCGCAGACGCCGGUGCUGUUGGCGAUUCAGGAUAGUGGGGCUAAGACUGGGGAGUUUUGGAGAGACGAGAAGGUCAUCGAAUGGUAGGUGACACAUAUUCAGGAUAAAAUGCAAGCAAAGAGCAUUGAUGCAAUAACAUGAAUUGAGAUCAGUUCCUAAUCAAACCACUAAACAGUAUAGG